AUGGAACGCCUUUGGUUCAACCUGGUGCACUCGUUCUGCCUCAUCCCCCACAUAUAUGAAAAUAUGCAGCAUAAAGACUCUCGCGCAGGUCACCCCAAGCGGCUGCAGGGCGUGCCGGCGCCGCGCAGCGACCUGGUCUUCUGGGCGGCGCGCGGGAAGCGGCUCCGCGCCCUCCCCUACGUGCACAAGUACUGGGACGUCAGCGCGCGGCCCGGCUGGAUGACCUUCGGCACGAUGCGCCGCUUCCUGGGCCUGCGCCACAAACGUCGGCCGAGCGCCGGCAACGUCAGCGCCGGCGAUGCCUUCUGGGCGUCCGAGUGCCGCGACGACCAGUUCUGGGCGUCCGAGCGGUUGAAGAAGGAGUUCUGGGCCUCGCGCGGAAAGAAGGAGAACCGCAACGGCAGCGACUUCUGGGCGUCGCGUGGCAAGAAAAGCGGCGCCAGCAGCGACUUCUGGGCGUCCCGUGGUCGGCGGGCCGGCGCCUACCUGGCGUACGACACCGACAAGAGAUCGACGCUGCAGCUGCUGAAAAUUAAGCGGGACCCGUUCUGGGCGUCCCGCGGCUGAGGCGGCCCCGCGGCUCGGGAGCGUGCCACUCUCCCCCAGCAGAGCACCACGUCAGAGGCUGGACGUGGCGCGUUCGACGCUUGCUUGCAGCAGCACCGCCAACUGUCACCGUUGUCGCCUUGUGUCUCGAACUGCUAUCAUUAAACAACCUCCGAAUCAGA